UAGCUAACUAAAUGUCUAAACAAAUGCUCUCUAUAUAACAUAUGUAUGCAUAAAAGUAUAGUAGGUUUAACCUAGUAUAUAUUUUGAGGAGAUAAUUGUCGCAAAGCUCUCAUUUGCUCAUGCUAGGAGGCCAAUCCUCAGCUAUUCCUUCUGGUGAUGUUUUUAUCUGCUCACAAAAUGGAUUUACUUGCAAGAAGAAAAGAAGGCCUGCAGGGACUCCAGAUCCCGGUGCAGAAGUCAUAUUGCUAUCGUCUGAGACGUUAAUGGAAACAGAUAGUUAUACUUGUGAAAUCUGCAACCAAGGGUUCCCUAGGGAGCAGAACCUCCAGAUGCACAGGCGGCACCACAAUGUCCCUUGGAAGCUAUUAAAGAGAGAUGUGCUAGCUAUAGACGCUGCAAAGCGCGUUUAUGUGUGUCCGGAGCCAACCUGCUUGCACCAUGAGCCGUGCCAUGCCCUAGGUGAUCUUUUGGGCAUAAAGAAGCAUUUCAAAAGGAAACACACCAACCAGAGGCAGUGGGUUUGUGAAAAAUGCUCCAAAGGUUAUGCCAUCCAAUCCGAUCUCAAGGCUCACCUCAAAACCUGUGGCACCAGAGGCCAUUCUUGUGACUGUGGCCGUGUUUUCUCCAGAGUUGAGACCUUCAUUGAGCACCAGGAUACAUGCAAAGCACCAAAACCAGCUUUCUUAUUGCAGAGCCCAACCUUAUCAAUCAACACAAAUUCCCGCAAAGCCCCUCUUCCCAAUUCAACAUUAAUGCUAAAACAAAAAACAAUGAUGCAUCAUAAUUUUGAGCUUCAAAAGUUAACCUCAUCAUCAAAACCUCUCCCAACCGUCACAAGUGUACCUCUUUGUACCCAAUUAAAACUCUCAGUUGGGUCUGCGAGUCAUGUUGAGAAAAAUGAAUCAAACAGUUCAAGAAUGAACAAAGAUGCUUCCAAAGCCCAUUUGAUGGAAAGGAUUGGAAUAAAUACCGAAGAUCCAUUAGCAGUGCUACGAAGACUGAAAGAUGAAGCGCGAAAACAGCUACAGAUAUCUGCAGAGGAGAAGGCCUUUGUGGAAAAGAGGAGGCAACAAGCAAAUUGGCAGAUCGAAAUGGCAAAGCAGGAGAUGAUAAAUGCGAAUAGAAUCAGAGAACAAGCUCUAUCGGAACUGAGCAAGGCAGGGGUUCUGAAAGAGCGAGCGAUGAGACAAAUUAAUCCUAACACACUACAGAUAACAUGCAAUGCUUGCAAGAAACAGUACUUGCAGCUCAUAACGAAAGAGGCGAGCUGUGGCGAGCACUCCCCAUUUGCGAGUUAUGUGUCCUCUAUUGGCCAUUAGAGAUCGAAUUGGUGAAGGAGAGGAUGAGAGCCUUAUGCAUGCUUUGUGUUUUAAAGAUUAGAGGAAAAUAAUUUGAUCGAAAAGGCCUCUUCAUGACCUUGAUCAUUGAGCAAUGUGUAUUGUGUUUGAAGAUUCAUUUAAGAUUAAUUUUUAAGUUUGGUCAUGUCA